AUCGACGUAUUCAUUUACUUCUAUUUUUCUUCCAGAUUUUAAGUUAUUAUUAAGCCAAAUGCUACCGUACCUGGUAAUGCCAUUGCAUGGUUGUUGGAUUUACAUCAUUGAUCUUUCCGGAUAUAAUAAAACGUACAGAUAUAUCAUGUUGCAGUCUCACACUGUGAACGUGGUGCUGAUAAAGUGAUUGGUGGUUUAUACAAUGAUAAUCUCAAGCCGAUAUUUAUGGCGGUUAGAUCACAGCAGAUUUGAAACCUCGCGAAUGGAGAAAGCAACGGCAGGGAUGCUCGACAUCUGAUGCUGAUGGUGUUGGUGAGAAAACAAACACGACAACAUUACAAUUCACACAGGAUACAAUCCAUGCAAAUGUGUACUAUGUGGUGCUGCUUCUUUCUAUAAUACCUCAGUUGAACUGACACAUGUGAAUUCACACAGGAGAAAUGCCAUACAAAUGUGAACUGUGUUGUGCUUCUCUUUCUAAAAGUUGUCAUUUGCAGAGACACAUGAUAAUUCACACAGGGGAGAAGCCAUAUAAGUGUGAUACAUGUGGUGCAGCUUUCUCUCGAAAAUCACAUUUGCUGGGCCACAUUAGAAUUCACACAGGAGAAAAGCCAUACAAGUGUGAUGCAUGUUCUGCUGCUUUUUCUGAUAGAUCAUCUUUGCAACGCCACAUGAGAAUUCACACAGGAGAGAAACCAUAUAAGUGUGAAACAUGUUUUUCUGCUUUCUCUCACAAAGGACAUUUGGAUAGCCACAUUUUGAUUCACACAGGCGAGAAGCCAUACAAAUGUGAAUUAUGUAGUCUUGCUUUUACUAGCAAAUCACAUUUGACGAAACACAUAAGAAUUCACACAGGAGAGAUGCUAUACAAGUGUGUAACAUGUGGUGCUGUAUUUUCUGAAAGAUCAACUUUGCAGAGCCACAUGAUAAUUCACACAAGAGAGAAGCAAUACAAAUGUGAGACAUGUGGUGCUGCUUUUUCUAAAAGAUCAACGUUGCAGGGCCAUAUUAAAAUUCACACAGGAGGGAAGCCAUACAUGUGUGAUGCAUGUGGCAUUACUUUUUCUAAAAAAACAAGUUUGCACAAUCACAUUAUAAUUCACACAGGAGAAAUGCCAUACAAGUGUGACACAUGUUCUGCUGCUUUUUCUCAUAAAACAACUUUGAAGAACCACAUAAGAAUUCAUAGCGGCGAGAAGCCAUACCAGUGUGAAACAUGUGGUGCUGUUUUUUCUCACAGUUCAAGUUUGAGGAGCCACAUUAGAAUACAUACCGGAGAGAAGCCAUACAAGUGUGAUAUAUGUGACGCUCCUUUUUCUCAAAAAUCAUCUUUGCAUCGCCACAUUAUAAUUCACUCAGGAGAGAAGCCAUACAAGUGUGACACAUGCUCUGCUGCUUUUUCUGAUAGAUCAACUUUGCAUCGCCACAUGAGAAUUCACACAAGAGAAAUGCCAUACAAGUGCGACACAUGUUCUGCUGUUUUUUCUCGAGGACCAUCUUUGCACCGCCACAUGAGAAUUCACACAGGAGAGAAGCCAUACAAGUGUGAUACAUGUUCUGCUGCUUUUUCUCGAAGAUCAUCUUUGCAACGCCACAUGAGAAUUCACACAGGAGAGAAGCCGUACAAGUGUUAGACAUGUGGUGCUGCUUGUAUAUUUUAUGUUCAGAUCUCCAAUCGGAGAGUAGCCGUAAAGGUGUGAAAUGUGUGGUGCUGCGUUUUCGUAAAUCUUCUAUGCUGCAUCUCAUGAAAUUUCUCACACGGCAGAAACCUUGCAGGUGUAAGAAUUGUGUUGCUGGUUUUGUUUCAAAACCACACUUGAAUGCACACUCGAGGACAGCCUUAUUCAUGCUAGAUUUGCGAUGCUGCUUUUUUAUGGAGUGCUUCUUGAUAAGUGCAGAACAUAAAGUGCUUCUUUUACUAGAAUAUAUCGUUUACAUAAUGACAUGAGCAGACAAACAUUAAACAAGGAAAACGGUUGUGCAUUUAAAAAAAUGUUCUUUGAUGUAGUCAUUAGAAUGAAAAAGAAACUUAUAUAGAAAUUCACAGAUUUAUUAUACGCAUUGUUUACAUUAGAUGUUCAAGCAAAUUGAGUCUAACCCAUGAAGUUGAAAACUGCAUUGAAAUGUAUGAUUUUUCAAUCCAUAAAGAAAGUUAAACCAAAUAUGACACUUCUCUCAUACUUGUGCUCAUAAAGACAGUGCUGCGCCAGUUUGUGCGUCUUGUAUGUCGUAUUUGCUCCCUAUCGCCUACAUGUAUGUAUUAAAUAAUGAUUAUAAAUAUCCUGAUUCUUCUGUUCAUUUUCGUUUUUGUUACAUAUACAUUUAUUAAAUAAUCUUUAAAAUGUAACUUAGUUUAUGUAUUCAUUUAGUAUUUUUUUCAAAUCUCCUACAUUAAUUGAGUUUAUUAAACUUUGUUUAUAUAUCCUACGUUUUUGGUGAUCUUCAUGAAAUCAUGAAACAUAAGCAAAACAUUCGAGAACAUCCUUGCUCCAUAUCACCAUACAUGUAUUAAAUGAUAAUCGUUAAACUUGGUUCUUUUUUUCAUUAAACUUGGUUCUUUUUUUUUCUUUUUGUUGUUGCUUCAUAUCAUUAUGAAAC